GGAGAGGCAAUGGUGGGCACAUGGUGGGAUAAGGAUAGUCUGGCAACUCGGCGUUUUGAAGCCGAAUACCGACAGUUGCAAGCGGCAACGUUGCUUGUACAGAAUUUAGUCUAUCGUUCGAAGCGGCUGCUUGAUUUGUGUUGUGGUGCCUUUUGCACCAAGUGUACAAAAUAUUAAGUUUUUAUAAUAAUUCGCUUUUUGUUUUUGAAAUUAGUUCCUACAGACAUGGCUUCGUCAGGAAUCACCCAGGAAGAACGCGAGGAAAUCAAGGAGAGAUUUAACGAGAUCGACAAAAGCGGAGAUGGCAUCAUUGACAUGAAAGAACUUCGAGAAGCGCUUGAAAUGUGCGGUUACAAAAUUGCCGGCUACCAAAUUCGUCUCAUAGAAGAAGAACACAAAAAAUCAAAUAAAUCAAAAGUGAACGGUAAACUGACGUACGAUGAAUUCGAAAAACUUAUCUGUGAUCUAAAGGCUAAUGACGUCGCAAACACAUUCCGAACAGCUGUAUCGAAACGGGAAAAUCUACAGCACCUCGGAGGUACUUCCGAAGCUUCAAACGAAGGCACAACUCACUCCGUUAGAGUCGAAGAACAACUCGCUUUCUCAGAUUGGAUCAACUCCAACUUGUCACACGAUCCCGAUUUGAAGAAACUUCUGCCCAUCGAUGCUGAAGGCAAAUACCUUUACGAGAAAGUCAAAGAUGGUAUUUUACUUUGCAAAGUAAUAAAUCACUCCUGUCCGGACACGAUAGAUGAACGAGCAAUAAAUAAAGAGAAGUUAACUCUGUACAGAAAAUUAGAAAACUUAACUCUCGCCUUAUCCUCAGCUUCCGCCAUUGGUUGCAACGUUAUAAAUAUAGACGCACACAAUUUGUCGAAAGGCACGCCUCAUUUAGUACUAGGGCUUUUAUGGCAGAUCAUCAGAAUAGGUCUUUUCAACCAAAUCACUUUGGAACAUUGCCCUGGUCUCACCACCCUCCUCGGAGAGGACGAAAAAAUCGACGAGCUGAUGAAACUCUCGCCGGAAGCAAUUUUGAUCCGUUGGGUAAACUACCACUUAGAAAAAGCAGGCACUCAUCGUCGUGUCAACAAUUUCCAAAGCGAUAUUAUCGAUUCGGAAGUGUACACGCAUCUCUUGAAGCAAAUCGCUCCUCAGGAAGCCGAUGUUACCACCGAAGCUCUAUUCGAACAAGAUAUGCACAACAGAGCCGAAAUUAUGUUACAACAAGCUGCUAAGCUGAAAUGCAGGUCCUUCGUCACUCCCCAAGACGUCGUCAACGGUGUCUAUAAAUUAAAUUUGGCUUUCGUCGCGAACUUGUUCAACAACCAUCCUGGGCUUGAGCAGAAUGGUGCCGACGGGUUUGAAACUAUCGAAGAAACAAGAGAAGAGAGAACAUACAGGAAUUGGAUAAAUUCAAUGGGAGUUUCGCCGCAUGUAAAUUGGUUGUACUCAGAUCUUGCCGAUGGUUUAGUGGUCUUCCAACUCUACGAUAUUAUAAAAGCUGGAACGGUAAAUUGGAACAGGGUGCAUCGUAAAUUUACGAACGAACGGAAAAAAUUCAUGGAGAAAUUGGAAAAUUGCAACUACGCCGUGGAACUGGGCAAGGAAAUCAAAUUCUCCCUUGUCGGAAUCGGUGGACAAGACAUCAACGAAGGCAACGUUACUUUAACUCUUGCCCUUGUGUGGCAACUAAUGAGAGCAUACACCUUGUCAAUUCUGACCCGCCUGGCGCAUUCUGGUAAUCCAAUGGUCGAAAAGGAGAUCGUCAACUGGGUCAACAAUAAACUCACAUCUGCUGGAAAAAAGUCGUCCAUACGCAAUUUCCAGGAUAGCUCGAUUUCAGAUGCGAAAGUUGUCAUUGAUCUUAUAGACGCCAUCAAGCCAGGUGCGAUCAAUUAUGAUUUGGUCAAGUCCGGAGCGGCUGAAGAGGACAGACUAGCAAAUGCUAAAUACGCCAUUUCAAUGUCCCGCAAAGCAGGAGCGAGGGUAUACGCACUCCCAGAGGACAUCACGGAGGUGAAACCGAAAAUGGUGAUGACUGUAUUCGCUUGCCUUAUGGCGCUUGAUUACAUCCCCAACAUGGAUAAUUCCAAUGCAAGGCCACAAAACAAUCAAUGAAACGUUUUAACGAUUCUUUUUUACUUAUUACGUCUUUCGGUUUUUUUCCUGAAAUGCUUUAGAUUUUUUAUUUUAAAAAAGUUACCAGUUGACAUUCCGAUUUUUUUCUAUUUAUGAUAUUUCUAGUGUAUUGAACGAGAAUAUGGAGCAGAGAGAUUGUUUAUUUAUUAUUUUGCUCAUAUUAUUUAUUUCUUCAAGCCUUUAAAUUCUUAAAUUGAAAAUGCUUUGCUUUAAAUUUCCAGGCAUUCAGAUCACUAUCGCGAGAUAUUAUAUUCGAUUCCAAUACUUUUUGCUCCUAAUUUUACAGUUACAAUUGUUUAUUUACUUAACGAUUUACGAAAUCUUUUUCAUGGAUAAUACCAAGGGUCAUUUACAUUUAUUAUUUCUACAAAAAAAAGCUGUUACUUAAUCGUAUAUUCGAGGAAUAGGUAAAAUUAGUAAUAAAUAUCAUAGUUCUUUUAUAAAGGAACGUAAACUCGAUCGAAAUACGUUUUAAAAAUAACAAUGGAUAAACUGGUAGGGUUUGGGUUAAUUCGCGUCGUCUCUCUGCUCUGUACCUGUAGUUUUAAAUAUGAUGAGAUGUGUGACAUUCCUUUGUUUCAGGGAAAAAUUGAAAGCGCUACUUUUUAUUAUCUUUAUUUAAUUUCUAUUUUACUAAUUAUAUCUUUUAUUUUUACUCACAUUGAGAGUUCAGGUUUUUUGAAGGUUUUAAUUUACUAGUUUCAUGUAUAUUUAUUUCAAGAGUAUUUUUAUUUACAAUAUGCAGCAGCAUUUAUGAUAUUUGUUAAAUUAAAAUUUUUUAAUCAGCAUAUCUGGACUGAAAAAAAAGCAAUGCGAUUACGUACAUUCCAUAUUUUUAUGACAUAAUCUGGUUGUGUUAUAUAAAAUGAAAAUGUGCUUUUAAAUUUGAUGAAAUCAAUUGAAUUUAAUGGGAAAUUUAUAGAUGAAUAGUUUUGUGACUAGUCUUCAAUAAGUAGGUAUUAAAUACAAAAUUAACUUUCCUUUUUUUGGGGGUUUGGUGCAAUAGUUGUAAAUUUAUUUCUUUUUUUUUUUAUUGUACAAAUACUGGGUGUGACAAAUUCAUUCCAUUAACAGUCAUUUAUUUAAUCAUCAUUUGUAUUAUUUUGCAUUCUUAAUUUAUUAUACAUUCUGGCUCUGUAUGCGAUACCAAACUAAGUGCCAUUUAUAACCAAGUGUCUACACUGCAAGUGUAAUUCCAAUAAAUCAUAAGUAUUACAUAUUUAUAUAUAUAGCAUUUAUACUUUGUGUAAGUUUAUACAUUUUCAGUAAACUGGUCAUUUGCUUUAAUAAAUGGAAUACGCAGA